AUCGAAGAAGAGGUUCUUCAACAACAGUUAGUCAGCCACCACCGUAGCUUGCUAGCCACCAUAGCCGAAAGAUUCAAGCUCUUUAGACUUCGGUGUAUAUUCGCCACUGUGUUUUUAACACACUUUGGUCGUCAAGCUAGUUUACCAUUUACAUUUCAUAUUUACGUUGCUAGUAGUUAGCUAGCUGGAUAGCUAAAACAGCCUAGCACUAGGCUAGUCGAUGAUAAUAAUGUGCUAACUAGCUAGCUAACAUCCAAUCAUGAGCUCAUUAAGCUCCUGCCCUGAUAAAGAAGAGGGGGUCUGCUGGACGGAGAAAGAGGGUCUUUGGCUGAACAUUGUCGUAAAAGAGGAGGAGGAGGAUGAGGCUGUCACAGUAAAAAAAGAGGUAGAGGGUGAGGCUGUUGCAAUUAAAGGUGAAGGAGCUCAAGUGAAGGAAGAGUUCAGAGUGAAGGAGGAGGACGUCGUCACUGUGAAAGAAGAGGGGGAAGAAAAAGUGGAGGGUGCCGUUUUUGGAGUGAAGGAGGAGAUAACUGUAACAGUGAAAGAAGAAGAGACUGAAGAUCAGAUUAACAACGGAGAGAGACGAGACUCUCCCUCUGACAGCGAGAAGAGUCCUUCAGGUGAACCAGACCCAAAGACAUCCAAACCAGCAGGACGACACCACUGCUCCCAGUGUGGAAAGAGUUUUACCCAGUUAGGGAGCUUGAAAACACACGAGAGAAUACACACAGGAGAAAAGCCCUACCACUGCUCCCAGUGUGAAAAGAGUUUUAGGUGGUUAGGUAGUCUGAAAAAGCAUGAGAAGACACACACACGAGAAAAGCCCUACCAUUGCUCCCUGUGUGGUCAGAGUUUUACCCAGUUAGGGGCCCUCAAUAAGCAUGACAGGACACACACGGGAGGUGAUAAGACCUACCACUGCUCCAUGUGUGGAAAGGUAUUUAACCGCUUAAGGCAUCUAAAUAAGCAUGAAAGAAUACAUACACAGGAGGAGAAGACAUACCACUGCUCUCAUUGCGGAAAGACAUUUUCCCAGUUAGAGGACCUGGAAUCGCAUGAGAGAAUAGAGAGGCUGUGUUCUGACUUAUGUUUUUGACUGGGAAUUUGUGUUUUUGUUCAUGCCACAUGAAAUCAAAUUGUGUCAAUUAAGUUUUACUCAAAAAUAGGCCUCGAGACAUAACUAUGUCUAAAAUCAGAUUAAAUAUUAUGUGUAUUUCAUUUUGAUAAUGUCAGUUAAUUUAAUUGGAUACAAGUAAGUAUAAACCCUCCAAUGUUGUUCAUUAUAUUAUUUGGAUAUUGCAAAUGUAAAUUAUUAUAUAAGUCACUAAGUAAGUAGCCUUUCAUGAGCCUUGGCUUGUCUGAGCCAGAAUUAAUCUCCUAUUUUUGUAGCUUGAGGCAGCUUGAUGUACAAGUACAUUCCCUGGACAGUACACUCGUCUAUUAAGUUAUAUAUUGUUGGGUUCUGAGAAUAUGAAAUAUACUUAUUAAUGUCACUGAGGGAGAGAGGAUAAUGUAUAACGUUUACAUUAUGUCAGAAUAUGUCAUUGUUAGCAAUCAGGGAUCCUAUGGGAGGGAUCCACUGGGAGGAGAAGAGACACAGUCUGGUACCAGUCACCAUGACAGCUGUGAGUUGGGGAGGAGUGAGCACUUUGGGGCAGAGGUCAGGUCAGAUGAAGUGAGGAAGAACAGAUCUCACUAAGGUUCUGUAGCAACCGAGAUGCAUUGGCUGUCCAGAUGUGUAGGAGGAGACUCGGCAUAGGAGAAAGGGUUACAUAUCGGUGCUUGUGUGAAUAUAUCGUCUGCACAGCUGUUUGACCCUUUGGGAUGAAUACACUUGGUUUAAGCUUUCAUAGUGUCUGUUGAGUUCUUACUCUAAUAAUUAGAACCUAACAAUAUAGUGCCUUCAGAAAUUAUUCACGCCUCUUGAAAUUUUCCACAUUUUAUUGUGUUACAGCCUGAAUUAGAAAUUGAUUGAUUACAUUUCGAUUUUGUGUCACUGGCAUACACACAAUACCCCAUAAUGUCAAAGCGGAUUUAUGUCUUUAGAAUUUUUGAACUUAUUUACAAAUGAAAAGCUGAAAUGUCUUGUCAAUAAGUAUUCAACCCCUUUGUUAUGGCAAGACUAAAUAAGAUCAGCUUUUCCAUAGACUCUCUCUGUGUAAAAUAAUGUUUAACAUGAUUUUUGAAUGACUUCCUCAUCUCUCUAACCCACACGUACAAUUACAAUUAUCUGUAAGGUCCCUGAUUAUUGGUAGAUGGGUAAAAAAAAAGAAGACAGACAUUGAA